CUGCUUAUCAACCGCUCUUCUGAUUGGACGCUGGUCUUUCGUUGGGGCGGGCGCUGCUGGGACUCGGAAGCAGCGGCAGGCAUGGCGGCGGCGGUGCGGCUGUCUAUGCUGGUGCUGCUGCUCCUGCUCCUGGGGCCAGGCGGCUGGGGCCGUGCACGGCCUCCACGCGAUAGCCUGCGGGAGGAGCUCGUCAUCACCCCUCUGCCUUCUGGUGACGUAGCUGCCACAUUCCAGUUCCGCACGCGCUGGGACUCGGAGCUGCAGCGGGAAGGAGCAUCUCACUACAGGCUCUUCCCUAAAGCCCUGGGGCACCUGAUCUCCAAGUAUUCUCUUCGGGAGCUCCACCUGUCACUCACACAAGGCUUCUGGAGGACCCGAUACUGGGGCCCGCCCUUCCUGCAGGCCCCAUCAGGUGCAGAGCUCUGGGUCUGGUUCCAGGACACUGUCACGGACGUGGACCAAUCCUGGAAGGAGCUCAGCAACGUCCUCUCGGGCAUCUUCUGUGCCUCUCUCAAUUUCAUCGACUCCUCCAACACCGUCACUCCCACGGCCUCCUUCAAACCCCUCGGGCUGACCAAUGGCUCGGAUCACCGCUUCCUGCGCUAUGCUGUGUUGCCGCGGGAGGUGGUCUGCACUGAGAACCUCACCCCGUGGAAGAAGCUCCUGUCCUGUAGCUCCAAGGCAGGCCUCUCUGUGCUGCUCAAGGCUGACCGCCUGUUCCACACCAGCUACCACUCCCAGGCAGUGCAUAUCCGUCCUAUUUGCAGAGAUGCACGCUGUACCAGUGUCUCCUGGGAGCUGAGGCAGACGCUGUCGGUUGUAUUUGACGCCUUCACCACUGGGCAGGGCAAGAAAGACUGGUCCCUUUUCCGGAUGUUCUCCCGAACCCUCACAGAGCCCUGUCCCCUCGCUUCAGAGAGCCGAGUCUAUGUGGACGUCACCAACUACCGCCAGGACAAUGGGACGCUGGAAGUGAGCCCGGCCCCCACCACCACAUACCAGGACACUGUCUUAGGCACCCGGAAGACCUACGCUGUCUAUGACUUGCUUGACCCGGCCCUAAUCACCAACUCUCGCAAUCUGAACCUCCAGCUCAAGUGGAAGAGAUUCCCAGAGAAUGAGGCCCCGCCGGCGCCCUUCCUGCACGCCCAGCGCUAUGUCAGCGGCUACGGGCUGCAGAAGGGGGAGCUGAGCACGCUGCUGUACAACACGCACCCGUACCGGGCCUUCCCCGUGCUGCUGCUGGACACCGUGCCCUGGUUCCUGCGGCUGUACGUGCACACCCUCACCAUCACCUCCAAGGGCAAGGAGAACAAACCAAGUUACAUCCACUACCAGCCAGCCCAGGACCGGCUGCAGCCCCACCUCCUAGAGAUGCUGCUGCAGCUGCCCGCCAGCUCCGUCACCAAGGUCUCCAUCCAGUUUGAGCGGGCGCUGCUCAAGUGGACCGAGUACACCCCUGACCCCAACCACGGCUUCUAUGUCAGCCCAUCAGUCCUCAGCGCCCUUGUGCCCAGCAUGGUGACAGCCAGCCCAGUGGACUGGGAAGAGAGCCCCCUCUUCAACAGCCUGUUCCCCGUCUCCAACGACUCCAGUUUCUUUCUGCGACUCUACACGGAGCCGUUGCUGGUGAGCCUGCCGACGCCGGACUUCAGCAUGCCCUACAACGUCAUCUGCCUCACGUGCACUGUGGUGGCCGUGUGCUACGGCUCCUUCUACAACCUCCUCACCCGGACCUUCCACAUCGAGGAGCCCAGCAAGGGCGGCCUGGCCAAGCGGCUGGCCAACCUCAUCCGGCGGGCCCGGGGCGUCCCCCCGCUCUGAGACACACCUUCUCUGGGUGCUGUUUCUCUCUUUGGCGGGUGGGGUGGUGAUACCGGGGACUCUGUCUGCCACCUGCUCAGACCCCAGAGGUGGCUUUUGAGCCA